AUGGCGGCUCUACCUUUCGUUGGAACGUUGGAUUCAGACGACGAUGUUGAACAAUUCGACAAUGAAACCGACAGUGAAGAUGAAUCAGAAAAGGUAUAAAGUAAUUCCUGUUUACUGCGAUACCUUUUCUAAUUUCACUUAGGGAUCUUCUUGAAUUUUUAGCCAGUCAAGAAGACCAAGGCAAAGAAGAAAGGGAAGUCAUUGUUCGAUGAUAGCUUUCAGUUCUUUUCGGGAGACACUGAAGACUUUUCUGAGGAUCCUUGGAACCUUGACGCUGCUAUCAACUUUGCUAAGAGAAAACAAGCGUCGGUGAGUAAAUAACUUAAAGGAUUCCGUCCUGUACUAUCAAUUGAAUGGCUUUCAACAUUGUAGAUUUAUAGCUGAAUUAUUUGACACGUGGUUACAAAGAAAAUUCAGUGUACUGAGAUAUAUGCGUUAAUGACCAAUCGCGAGGUCUAGACCAAGUUCUUGUUUUGCGUAUUUUGGAGAAGAAAGAAUGAUUUAAUUUUAAAAUCUUCCUAAAAAUCAUGCAUGGGACAAGGUUUGCAUGAUGUUGGUUUAUAUGUAAACAUAAUUUUCAGUAGAAUUUAAGUUGUUUUAUUUAUUGUAAUAGACAAUCAAUUCUUCAAGCCUUCAGGACAAAAUAGCAAAGAGAAGAGAAGCCAAGAGAAAGGUAUAGUACACUUUCAGUUAAUUAUUGUACCUUUGUAAGUCCUAACAUCCUUGGAUGCUGCUUCAUUUUUAUACUAUUAUAAAGUAUAUUACAUGUUGUAUUAAUAGUUCCUUAAAGAAAAGAUUAAUUACACCUUGAUUGAUUAAGCACCAUCCUUUACAUUCCAGCUUUUUAAUAAAUGUUUUGAUAUAUACUGUUACAUUUGGAAGUUCAAAACAUUCAAUUUUUUUAUUACUUUUGUAGAACAAAUCUAACAAGGAACUUGAAGAGACCCAAGAUGAGGAAGAAGAAAACAAUAAAACAAGUGCCGCCAGUGUUGUACCAGGCAAAGAAGUUAAAGAUGAAAGUAUGGAGACUAAUGGUAAGGUCAUUUUACUCAGACUCACUUUUCUUAAAUUGGUUUUCAUGAAUUGUGUAUGAAAUCCUUGUACAUGUGUAAUUCUGUUCUUGUAACCCAGCAGCAAUUUUAUACUCACGAGCAGCUAGUAAUGUAUAUGCCACAUAUAUUUUUUUCCUUGGGGAGGGGGGGGGGAGGGAGGGAGGGAGGGGGGAAUUUUUAUGCAUCUACCAUUUCCCUACCCCACCCCUCUGGGAAUCUCAGUUUAGACCCCCUCCCCCUUGGAAUUUUCAAAAGUACAUAUAUGUAGUUGAGUGAAAUGUGCAUCUCAUGCUGUGUUUGAGUUGUCACAGGUUUUAUUUUUUUUUUGUUUUAAUUUAUUAUUUAUUAAGUUGUAUUUAUUAAGUUUAAUUUAUUUAUUUAUUAAGUUGUAGGCCCUAACCAAUCUUCAGAUGAGGAGGAAAAUAGCAGUUCAGAUGAUGAUGAAAUCAAUGACAAGGUACAUUCAUGCAUGCACAUGUAACUUGUAUAAGUUGUUUCUCCUUUAGUGAAGACACUGACAUAAGGAAAAACUGGAAAAAAAAAUCUCUUUAAAUGAAGGUGAUGUACCCACAACUUGAAAAUUCUGCCACACUGCAAGAUUCGGUCUGUCAAAUGCAACUUCUCAAAAGAAUUCUUAUACAUGUAGAUGAUGUGUUACAGGUCAAUUUUCAAUUUCCUUUGUUUCCUUAAGCCCUAAUUCAUGAAUAAUUAGGGAUAGGAGACUACAGGAAUUGUGUAGCGCCCGACGUGAUGUGCAUCUCAUAAGAGGGUGCAUCCUCGGAGACCCAGGGGCAGAUAGUGGGUGCAAGAGAAAGUCUAAACGAGCGGAAAAAUAUGGCACGAAGAAAAGUAAAGAACGGCGAGAUGAGCCCCUGGGGACAAUGUCUUACCAGACCAGUUCCAAACGGUCGCCGCCGUCCUGGCUUCUGAUUGGUGCCAGAAAACUUUUGUGUUUUCUGCCCAAUCAGAAGCCAGAAGGGUGGCGACCGUUUGGAACUGGUCUUGUAAGACAUUGUCCCCAGCGGCUCUACUCGCCGUUCUUUACUUUUCUUUGUGCCAUAUUUUUCCGCCCGUUUAGACUCGCACCCACUCUCUCUCCCUGGGUCUCCGAGGAUGGAGAGGGUGGUAACUUACUUUCGAGAAGUACUGUAGGUUAAAAGAAUUUAACCUGAAAUCAAAUUUGACGUUUAACAUUAUGCAUUAGUUGAUGCUUAAGUGACAUAAAGAAGAGAGAAAGGCUGAAUGUUCCUUUUUCAAACCAUCUAUUUAAAUGUACCAUAGUUAUUAACGGAGACUCGUUAUGAAAGACAACAAACAUCAAAUGUAAAAACAACAGCGUAAGUAAGUAAUAACUUUAUUUAAUGAGGGUAAAGACAUUGAUUACUGGUCACCCAGUAGUUUUCAUAAUAGCCCUCCUACAAUUAAAGUAAUAAAAUGUAUCGAUUAAU